AAACGGUGGAAGUGAUCACCCGAUACCGGUCGUUAUACCCUUAUAUAUUAGAAUAAAUCGAAUAAAUUUCUAACAGGAGUUCAUCUUUUAAGCCCACCCUUAUUCUAGACGUACACGUUUUAUUUUCAUACGAACCUGUGGCUGAAACAGGCUGAAGGAAAUUGAUUCAACAUAUUAUUUGAUGUCAAUUGUUUUUAAUUUAAAGUUGUAUCAUUUUCAGUGAUGUAUUGUGCUUCUGCUCUUAUAUUCAAACGAGGCCAAAAAAAAUCAUCGAAUUUGUAUGGAAUUUUUCGUAAAUAGCUUUAACAAUUUAAGAAUGGCCUAUAUGCAAAGUUUGAAAGAAGCACACAUACAAUUGACAUCGCAUGCGAGAGCGAAUUGAGAGGCGAAUAUCCAUGCACAAAUACACAUGCACUGUCACAAUCAUUGAAAGUUUCAAUUUGAUACUGAUCCAGUGCUAAUCAACACAACACUUUUUAUUUAUUUCAAUGUGACGUAUCGAUAAUGCAGUGAACUGUGUGCUUUUGCAGUUCACAUCGAUUGCAUUGAAUAUAUAAAAUGCUGGAAUAUAAGUCGUUCGAAUGAAACAAUUGUCGUCUACAAAAAUCCGGCCGUGUGCGAUAAAAUUCACCAUAAAAAUGAUUCAGUCAUAAGCGUUUGAAUGAAUUUAUUGGAUUUACAGGGCAAUAUUAGUCAGAAGUUUGUUUCCGAAUCAAUGCGCCAGAUCAAAUUCGUGGAUGGCAUAUGCAACGGUAAUAUUUUGACACAAGUAAAUCUAUCGACGAACAAUUUUUUUUAACUGUAUUGCCGAUAGUCGAGUAAGAGAAAAAAUGGAAAAGAAACGGGCAAAAAAUAUCCCAUUGUCCAACAUAAACUGAUCCAAUUCCAUAUGAGAAUGAACCGAAAGUUCUCAUUUUGACAUUUUACCAAUGAUUUCGAUUGCUACAUGGUGUGAAUACAUGAAAACAAAUUCAGUGAAUGUAGCGAGAGCAAAAAAAACACACCGCAACUACACCAACACAUUAGCAAAUUCAUCGUUCGCACACUCCAUAACACGGAAACCAUCGCACUAGAUACCAAGUAACGUGAAGAAAAAGGAGAGGUGCACAUACAAAAGCGUAAAUUUAUUUUCAGUUCGAAAACAACACACGAAUGAAGAAGAAACAACACAGUAAAAAAAAACUUUAUUGCAAGACAACUGAGUUAAAAAAGGGCACAACAACAGUCAUCAUCAACAUAGUUGAAACGAAAAGGUUUCAAAGUGUGGUGGCAAUUUCCACGACAUUGUGCAAAAGAGGACAAGAAACGAGCAAACGAAAGAGAAAAUAAACAUUACCAACCCAAUUGCGUGGUGUAUGUGUGUUAAUUUGUUUCUGUUGGUUUAUAUUUAAGCACAAUUUAGAAUAUUGAUUUCGAAGUUGGAGCAACGAAUUAAAAAUUUACGGUCUAUUUUGUGCGUUUGAUAUGAAAUUGAUUGGAUUUGCCAUUGAAAGUGCAGCGCCAUACAAAAACAUUGCACCGUUUCAGCUGAUUCCCACCACGCAUUCUGUGUGUUUGUUCGGUGUUUUUUUGUCCAAGCAAAAAAGGAAUAGAAAAAACUAGCAACCAAUCGGCCGUUUGUUGUUGUUGGUAUUUGUUGCAAUACUUCGGUGUUGUACUUGGAUUGCAUUUACGUCAAAGCAAACCAGCAAUUGGUUUAUAAAUCAGAGUCAAUAAACGCUAAAACAAGAAAAGGGAUCGCAUACAAACCAGUUCAAUUGCACGGUUGUUGUCGUUUUCUUCGCUUCGAUUCUUCGAUAUACGAAUUGCUACUGGGCCUGACAAAGUGUGGUUGAUGCGCGUUACUUUGUAUGCUGUGUGCAUUCGUUGUAAAUACAUUAGAGGAAAAUGUCAUCGUCAUCACUUGAAUCGAUUAUUGUGAAUGCCAAACGAUUGGCACAGCGAUUGAAAAGUCGCGAAGCUGAUGCUGAUCGCAUUUUGGCCGAAGCUGAAGAGGUGAACAAUCAAUUGGAAACCAUGCGACAGUUUAAAGACGAUUUGGAUCUAUUGAAUAGCAUAGCUCGUGAUAAAUCCAAUGCUCAGAUGAUACAUCAAAUCAACCAGGAAAAUCCACAGCUACGUGAAAUGCACACGGAAAAUAUGCGGUUGCGAGUGUCACUGGAAGAUCAUCAACGUGCAUUGGAACAUAUUAUGUCAAAGUAUCGUGAGCAUACACAGUUAGCCUUGAACAAUACCAAACUCAAUUUUCAAGAAUUAUUCAAAGAUGAAACGGAAAAGAGCUUGAUAAUCCAGCGACAAGAGGAAAAAAUCCAAGAAAUGAUUGCGAUUAUGCAGAAGGCGGCAACGCUUGAUGACAGUGAUUUUGAGCAGAAUUUGAAGAAAGACCGCGAAAAUAUCAGCCGAUUGAUAGUUGAGAAUCAGGGGCUGCGCGAACUGUUGCAAAUUUCACAAAAAUACGGCACGGGAACGUUGAGCAAUAACAAUGCGGAGGCCGGAGCCGAGACCGAGGCCGAUGCCAAUGUCACGGUCCAGGAAACGAAUAAAAUCAGCGUGGAAACGCAAACCGAUUCGAAUGCCAAUCAAUGUUGAACACACAAUUUGUCAUCUGUGCAGCUAAACAUGUUUAGGGACAAAUAAAAAAAAAUCCAGAAAGUAAAAUGCAUUUCGAUCAUGAUAAUGAUGGAGCUAACGGCAACUGACUCACAAAAACACACUCACACACAAACCUACAACUCAACUCAUCGUGUCAGUGUGGACCGUUAGUUGGCAUUUCAUUUCAAAUGGCAUCGAACUAAAUCUGCAAAACCUUCCUUGUAAUCUGUAUUAUAAAACAACAAACAAAACAGUUUAAAUAUUUCAAAAAAAAAAACAAUCAAACAACAACAGUUAAUUAUUAUUAAAGAAAUGAUAAAUGCGAAUGACGAUUUCAGUAAGUGUUGGUUGAAACUCCUCCGAAUUUAUAUUUUAAUGUCAAAAUAAAAAGAAAAGAAAACGAAGAGAAUAAUUGUACAUGUGACAUAAGAGUAUAGAUUCCCUCGCACCAACCACACUGAUUAAUAGCCUCACACAAAUCUAUGACAAAUGUAGAAUCUAGUGGCAGACAAAUGAGCAAACAUUGAAUUUUUUUUUUUUUGCAUGACAACUAUGACGUUUGAUAUGAAGAUGAAUUAAACAAAAA